GGAAGGGCGAGCAGCGGGUGCGGCGGCGCCAGCGGGGAGACCAAGCCCUCUCGGCCCCACCCCGCAGCGGCCCUGACGGGGGCGUCUCCCCAGCCCCCCUCCAGGGCCCCGUGCGUUUUGGGGACUCUCCACGUGACUUGGUGAUGCAGAACGGUUAUGACCUUCAGCGUGUCUGUGAACGCGAGGGUCCCAGCAACAGUGCGGGUUUGCGCCCGGCCCUACUUGUGGGUGCGGGGACGUGGGUGUGUGGGCUCGUGUGGGUGUGUUGGGGAGGGCGCCCAGCGACAUGUGACAAAGACUCCCGUCUCUGCGAGAUGGUGAAGGGGCCCGCGAGCUGGCGCUUUGUCUGGCUGUCUGCAGAGUGACGGUUCGCGCAGUGGCGGCGGGCGCCCUCGCGGCGCGGGAUGCCGGGGCGCCCGGGUGUCCGGGGGCGCGCGCCUGUGCCGGUGUGAGUGCGCUGCGGCAGGGCCCGGGGGCUGCGUGCUGGGUCCCAGCCGGCCUGGGCCUCGGGCGUGACCUGGAGCCACCCGUGAAAGCUGCAGUGGCCGCGUGUCCCCGUGACCUCGGGAGCCGGCCCGGGUGGGUCUCCGCUUGCUCCUUCCUGCCUGCCCUCCACGUGCGUGUCCGCGGCGGCGCGCGUGCCCGCGGGCGCGCACCCGCCUGCCUGUCGCCACCGCCGUGAGCCGCGCCGGGAAAAGGUGCCGGGACCGAUUGAGCCUGGGCCGGGCCAUGGGCCGGAGGGCGAGCGGUGGGCUGCCGGUCAGCCCCGGGCCUCACCCCCGCGGGAGAGCUGCCUGGAUUCGGUGGGGGCUGGCCGGGCCCGCAGGGAGGCCGGCCUGUGCCCCCUGAACUACGGAUACCAGGGCGCUCACCAUGGCCCCGCCGCUCCUGCUGCUGCUGCUGGCCAGUGGAGCGGCCGCCUGCCCGCUGCCCUGCGUCUGCCAGAACCUGUCCGAGUCGCUCAGCACCCUCUGUGCCCACCGAGGCCUGCUGUUCGUGCCGCCCAAUGUGGACCGGCGCACAGUGGAGCUGCGGCUGGCGGACAACUUCAUCCAGGCCCUGGGGCCCCCAGACUUCCGCAACAUGACGGGGCUGGUGGACCUGACGCUGUCCCGCAACGCCAUCACCCGCAUCGGCGCCCGCUCCUUCGGGGACCUGGAGAGCCUGCGCUCGCUGCACCUGGACGGCAACAGGCUGGCCGAGCUGGGCACCGGCAGCCUGCGGGGCCCCAUCAACCUGCAGCACCUCAUCCUGAGCGGCAACCAGCUGGGCCGCAUCGCGCCGGGGGCCUUCGACGACUUCCUGGACAGCCUGGAGGACCUGGACCUGUCCUACAACAACCUGCGGCAGGUGCCCUGGGCCGGCAUCGGUGCCAUGCCCGCCCUGCACACCCUCAACCUGGACCACAACCUCAUCGACACGCUGCCUCCGGGCGCCUUCGCCCAGCUCGGCCAGCUCUCCCGCCUCGACCUCACCUCCAACCGCCUGAGCACACUGGCGCCCGACCCGCUCUUCUCCCGGGGGCGCGACGCCCAGGCCUCGCCCGCCCCCCUGGUGCUGAGCUUCAGCGGGAACCCCCUGCACUGCAACUGUGAGCUGCUGUGGCUGCGGCGGCUGGCCCGGCCCGACGACCUGGAGACCUGCGCCUCCCCGCCGGGCCUGGCCGGCCGCUACUUCUGGGCGGUGCCCGAGGGCGAGUUCUCCUGCGAGCCGCCCCUCAUUGCCCGCCACACGCAGCGCCUCUGGGUGCUGGAGGGCCAGCGGGCCACGCUGCGGUGCCGGGCCCUCGGGGACCCCGCGCCCACCAUGCACUGGGUCGGCCCCGACGACCGGCUGGUCGGCAACUCCUCCCGAGCCCGGGCCUUCCCCAACGGGACCCUGGAGAUUGGGGUGACGGGCUCCGGGGACGCGGGGGACUACACCUGCAUCGCCACCAACCCCGCUGGCGAGGCCACGGCCCACGUGGAGCUGCGGGUGCUGGCCCUGCCCCACGGCGGGAACGGCAGCGCCGAGGGGGGCCGCCCCGGGCCCUCGGACAUUGCCGCCUCGGCCCGCACUGCUGCCGAGGGCGAGGGGACACUAGAGUCGGAGCCAGCCGUGCAGGUGACAGAGGUGACUGCCACCUCGGGGUUGGUGAGCUGGGGGCCGGGGCGGCCCGCAGACCCUGUGUGGAUGUUCCAAAUCCAGUACAACAGCAGCGAGGACGAGACCCUCAUCUACCGGAUUGUCCCGGCCUCCAGCCACCACUUCCUGCUGAAGCACCUGGUCCCUGGUGCCGACUAUGACCUCUGCCUGCUGGCCCUGUCACCCGCCGCCGGGCCCUCCGACCUCACGGCCACCAAGCUGCUGGGCUGUGCCCACUUCUCCACGCUGCCGGCCAUGCCCCUGUGCCAUGCCCCGCAGGCCCACAUGCUGGGGGGGACUCUGACCGUGGCCGUGGGCGGGGUGCUGGUGGCCGCCUUACUGGUCUUCACCGUGGCCUUGCUGGUUCGGGGCCGGGGGGCCGGGAAUGGCCGCCUGCCCCUCAAGCUCAGUCACGUCCAGUCGCAGACCAACGGAGGCCCCAGCCCCACACCCAAGACCCACCCGCCGCGGAGCCCCCCGCCGCGCCCGCAGCGCAGCUGCUCCCUGGACCUGGGAGACACCGGCGGGUGCUACGGCUACGCCAGGCGCCUCGGAGGGGCCUGGGCCCGACGGAGCCACUCUGUGCAUGGGGGUCUGCUCGGGGCGGGGUGCCAGGGGGCGGGGGGCAGCGCAGAGCGGCUGGCAGAGAGCGUGGUGUGAUGGGCAGGGGGACGGCCCCAGGGCAAGGGCGCGGGGCGGGUGGCCACCUCGCCUGGGUGGGCCGGCACUGCCUGGGAGUCCCUCCCACUGCCACCCUCGGUACCUCAGGCCCCUGUGCUCGGCGGAACAGAGGGCCGCCCCCCGGCUCUGGCCCCCAGACGGGCCUGAGGGGCCAGGUCCCUCCGACAGGUGCUCACAGCCGCCAAGGCAGCGCUGCAGCCACUAAGUGGGAGUCUUGUUUUUCUUUAUAAUAAAAUUGUUGGGGACACCUCA